AUGCCUGGGUCCACAUCCGGGUGCCCAGAGAUGUCGCCACCACUGCUGCUGCUGUUGCUGCUUCUGCUGACGCUGCUGGAUGUGGAGCCCAAUGGAGCCACACUGAUUCGGACAUGUUUUUGGGAGGCUCCUGAAGAUCCCUCUCUGAGCUCUGAUGACCUAGUCCAGUAUUUUGGGGAAAUUGGGCUGGGAACACCUCCACAAAACUUCUCUGUUGUCUUUGACACGGGCUCCUCCAAUCUCUGGGUCCCAUCAAGGAGAUGCCACUUCUUCAGUGUACCUUGCUGGUUCCAUCAUCGCUUCAAUCCAAGUGCAUCUAGCUCCUUUCGGCCCAACGGGACCAAGUUUGCCAUUCAAUAUGGAAGUGGACGGCUGAAUGGAAUCCUGAGCGAGGACAAGCUGACUAUUGGAGGACUCAAGGGUGCAUCAGUGGUUUUUGGGGAAGCUCUGUGGGAGCCCAGCCUGACCUUCACUUUUGCCCACUUUGACGGGAUAUUGGGCCUUGGUUUUCCCACUCUGGCCGUGGAAGGAGUUCGCCCUCCACUGGAUGUAUUGGUGGAGCAGGGGCUACUGGAUAAGCCUGUCUUCUCCUUUUACCUCAACAG